AUAGUAUUCUUGUAUAAGAAUAUUAGUAAUAUCGUAUAAGGGUUAUGACAGUGACAAAUUACCAACGUCUCCUUUAAUUAUUUUAAACUACUUGUUACACUGCGUUAUGUGGAUAUAGAGACGUAUGUUGGGUUCGACAAAACACUCGAAAGAAACUUGUUGAUUAGACUUACAUACAAAACAGUCUCUCCUUUGUCAAACUUGCUUGAAGAUAUUUAUAAAAAUGAGUGAACAAGAUGCCAUGGAUACUCAGGAAAAGGAACUUCGUGAGAUGAAAGAGCGUGUUGCUGAAAUGGAAGCUGAAGCAGCGAAGCUUCGAGCUAUGCAAGAACAACUUGAUAACGAAAGUGAAGCAUUGCGAAACGAUCGUGAAUCCAUUGACGCUCAAAGUGUGUACGUUGGAAAUGUCGAUUAUAGUGUUACCCCCGAAGAACUACAAAGUCAUUUUGGUAGCUGCGGCUCUAUAAAUCGUGUCACAAUUCUCUGUGAUAAGUUUACAGGACACCCAAAGGGUUUUGCCUAUGUUGAAUUUUCUGAGCCAAGCUUAAUACCCAACGCUUUAUUAUUAAAUGGAUCGAUGCUACAUGAGCGUCCCUUAAAGGUGACCCCAAAACGCACGAACAUACCCGGAAUGGCCCGUGGACGUGGUAGAGGCCGAGGACGUGGUCGUGGACGUGGAGGCUAUAGAGGAAGAGCCCGUGGGUUCGCCCCGUACUAGGAAUAUUAUCUAGAACCUUUUUUGUCUUCGUGAAAAAAAAAAAAAAAAAAAAAAAAAAAAAAAUAAUCGAUAGCAAAAGUCUUUCAGUCUUUUCCAGAAAUUAUAUUCUAGAUUCUCAUUUCAAAGAUACAUUUUAACAUGUCAACUAUAUCCCAUUAUGAACAUCAAUUUUUUAUGGACGGCUUUCGUUACUGCAAGAUACUGAACGAAGUGAAGUUAGUCCUCGAAUGAAAAAGGCUUGGAUUGACGACUUAUUUUCGGUUAAACAAGACAAGUUGUAUUUAUACGUUAUAUACGAUACGUUACAGGGUUGUGUACGACAGCACUUUAGAAGAAGGAAUGAGUACUAAUAUUGUGUACCCUACAACAUAUGAACGAGUCACCAACUAUAGAAAUCAUACAUACAUGUAUCUAUUAUUGUACACAAACGGCUAUCUAGCAUGUCUUUAUAUCGUAGUUAACAACGGAUGCAAAUAAGACGCUUGUCAAGGAAUUGAAUGAUUUUUAGAGUAGAUGCAACCAUGACAACAACGCCAGAAUAUUGUAUUGAAACGUUUCGC